AUGCAGGAUUCUCGUCCCGGAAGCCCACGGGAUAUGUUCGCCUUUGGGAUGGUCCAGGAAGGCUCACGUGGGCUCGAGCAAUUCUUAGAGCCAAUUGAUGACCUUACUGGCGAGUCCCUAGACGAUUUUGGCGUUGGUUGGGGCACCCAUCGGGAUGACAGAAUCAUGUCACAUUUUUUUGAGCACAACCCCAUUGAAAGUGCGACAUUUACCCCGAGUCUUGUGGAGCUGAGUCAACCAACCGCGCAUGAGGAGAAGACGGAGGCGAAGAAACAGGUGACAGCGCUCUGCUGGCAACCAAUCUUGCAACGUCUUGAUCUGUUUGCAAGUACACCUAGCAUACAGUAG